CUUGCCAUCAUUGGUGACAUCAUUCAUCAGGAUUAACAUGAAUUGUGAAGAUGUUUGUAUGUAUAAUGAGUACCGUGGGGAUUGUGGUGAUGGGUCAUGUGAAGGAUGCUAUGGUGAAGAUGAUCGUUGUCUACUUCUUGAAGGGUUGGCAUCUGCUACGAAUUUAGAGCUGAUAAGUGAAUAUUCUGUGAUUUUCAGAAAGGACUUGAGAUGGAACCCUAUGUUUAGCAAGCUAAAAACUGUGUUGUUCAAUGAUUGGUGUCUGACUGCAAACUUUGCUGGACUACUUUACUUUCUUCAGCACACACCAAUUCUUGAAAAGCUUGCCCUUCAACUUCCAUCUCACGAGUAUUUGGACAUCAUAUCAAGUGGAAGCUACAACCCAGCAGAAUAUUUCUUGGUGUCGAAGCAUCUGAAGGGUUCAGUUUCGAGCAGCCGAAGUAGAUCAGAUGGUCUACUAUUCCUGGUUAUUCAGGCUUUGGUGUCCCUGAAUCAAUGUUGGCAGCAUAGGCUUUCUACGUUUUGUCUACCUGGAUCGUGCGCAUGUCCUGUUCCAUCCAUAUGCAGGAAGAACUCCCGUCGAGACGCAGUUUGAGUAGGUUCAAAUGUCGAUGCAGUAAUGUUGCACCUUUGGCCGGUGUCAGGCCUCGACUGAUUUACCUAUUGAAGGCCUAUGAUCUAUUAUAUGUUUAUAAGCAACUUGUAUGUCUAGCUUAACUUGUGUAAAAUGGUACCUGCAC